AUGUCAAAUGUCCUGCAGAAUAUCCCAGCUCGCUCCCUAUCGCCUUCACGACCUACGGACCAACCUAUACAUCGUGCCAAUGAAGAAGGCCGUGAACCAUCGAAUUCUCAGCCAGAAUCGAAAACAAAAUACUUCGGAAUGUUGCAACUCUUUGCUGGGACUAAUUCUGACGUCGAUAUUGUGGCAAUCCAUGGUUUAAAUGGUCAUAGAAAGAAGACAUGGAUGGUAGACAAAGACUUUUUGUGGCUGAGCGACCUCCUGCCGUUCGACUUGCCCAAUACCCGAAUACUGACCUACGGCUACGAUGCGGAUACCUGCAGUCGGGAGUAUGCAUCAACUCAGACGAUAAGUCGACAUGGCAUUGGGCUCGCCCAGGCGAUCUCACGGGAACGUAGUCAUGCACGUCGACGUCCAAUCAUCUUUCUUGUGCACGGUUUGGGAGGUAUCCUUCUCAAAUCCGCUCUAAAUAUCUGCCACGCUCAAAGUUUGAAAUCAACUGAUGGCCUCAGAGACGUUCUAAUUUCAACGCAUGGAAUCCUUUACUUCGGAACCCCUCAUUUUGGGAUGGAAAUAAAGCCCAUAGUUCGAUUCAACCGCCUAGCAUCACUAUGGAUGGAAACUGCAAACAAUGUUGUCAAGGACCUUGAAACUCACUCGCCAUACUUGGAGGAUGUACAGCGCCUGUAUGUUCACACCAGCGAAGGGAUUAGUACGAUCUUCUUUCGUGAAGUCUAUCCUUCUUCCAACGCUUUAGAUCCACAGAAAUCAAAUGUUCCGAGUGAAUCAGCUACUAUUCCGGGGACCGUGAUGCCACAACAAUCGACCUGCCUUGCAAUCACGAAGGACUAUGUCGCCCGUGCACCUGCUGCGGUGGAGCAGAAGUGGGCUAAAGAAGACAAACAUCGUAGUAUUGAAAAGGAAACAUUUUCGCCAGAAAAGGAGCUAAAGUCAAAGGAUCUUCCCGUGACAAUAAACUACAUUGAGAGAAAGGAGAUUCAAUCCCUUAUGACACAAAAACUCUUUCCAGGGCGUCAUACACCGCACCAACCACGAUGCAUAUUACACGGGAUCGGAGGGGCUGGGAAAACCCAGCUUGCAGCGAACUGGAUUAGGGAAUAUGGUCACAGGUUCAGUUGGGUGAUCUUGGUCGAUGCCUCGAGUCCUGUGCAUCUGCAGGCAGGCUUGGAACAAUGGAUCUAUUCCCUAGGCCCUGAGUACAGAGAAAAGACAUGGGAGGAUGCCAUUGACCAUCUGAACCGCAAGGAAAAAGGAUGGUUACUUGUGUUUGAUAACGCCGACUCGAAAGACCUCAAUCUCAGUCGUUAUCUUCCUUGCUCUAUUCAUGGAGCCAUUAUGAUCACAACACGAAACCAAGAGCUUGUUGGCUAUGCACCAAACGGUGGAGUCCGUGUUGGUGAUCUUGAAGAGGACGAGGCAGUGAAGCUUCUUCACACGGUCGCUGGUACCAAACCCUUGUCAAAUGCCACCUCUCUCAAAAUCAUCAGAGAGCUAGGAAGAUUAGCGGUGGCGGUCGUUCAAGCGGGGACAUUCAUUCGUGGUACGCAGAGCUUCGAGGGGUUCCUCGAUACAUUCCGUACACAUCGAGACGAGAUUAUGUCCAGGCCACAGGGUAUUGGCACAGAAUACACAUAUUCGACAUACACCGCUUUUGACCUAUCAUACCGCGACCUACCGCCAGAGGCACAGGAACUUGUAAAGCUAUGUGCCUUUCUUCACCACUCCUAUAUCCCAGUCACUCUAUUCAAGAAGUCGGCUGAGUUUGGAUUUGUUGCAUAUACAGUCAGGAACACGCAACCUCCACCUCCAACUGAUCAAGCAUCAAUUUUGGGCCUUAAAAAGAUGAUGGGAAACAAUUGGAACGAUGUAGAGUUUCAGAAGGUCGUUGAAUCUGCUUCAUGCGCAUCAUUCAUCAAUGUGUCAAGAGGUGGAUCAUUCUACUAUGUCCAUCCACUCCUUCAGACAUAUAUUAAGGCUCAGCUCACCGAAGAGGGGCGUCAACACUAUAUGAACAUGACAGCACAACUCCUACUUGGUGCCAUAUGGCCAUUCGAGGGUGAUAACACCUGGUACUGGCUAUUACUUCCUCAUGUCAACGCCAUCCCUCUGUCUGUCCGAUCAGAAAAUGUCAAUCAUGCAUUGGCAUUUUACAAACUCUACGACUCUUUAGGGGACUGGGAUACAAGUCGAGAGCUAUUAGAGUUGGCAAGCUCCCAACUUCGGAAGAGCCAAGGCGAGGAGCAUCGAGACUCAAUAUGGGUGAGCAGCCAACUUGCCAAUGCACUUCAUAAUUGUGGUCAGCUGCACGAGGCAGAACGGAUAGAGAAAAAUGUACUUUCUCUGCGGCAAAAAAAUUUUGGACGACGACAUCCGGACACAAUCUCGGCAAUGAGCAACCUUGCCAUUACGCUACACGACCGCGGUCAGUUGGAAAAAGCAGAAAAUAUGAAACGAGAGGUGCUUGCUCUAAGGCAAGAAAUCCUUGGACAGCGGCAUAUAGACACAAUUUCAGCAAUGGGCGACCUUGCCAUCACACUGCACAAACGAGGCCAGUUGGACAACGCGGAAAAAAUGAAGCGGGAGGUACUGGCUUUGUGCGAAGCAGUUCUUGGACCUCGGCAUCCAAAAUCCAUCGAAGCUUCGCACCAUCUCUCCCUGACAUUGUAUAAGCUCAACCGGCUUGAUGAAGCUGCGCAGCUGCUACGAGUUGUCAUUGCGCUACGCGUUGAGCUUUUGGGUGAAAACCAUCCUUUUACUCAAUCCUCCAAGGAGCUUCUCCGGCUUGUUGUCUCUAUGCAGUCUCUUGACUUUUGGUUGUGGGGAACAAUUCAUACUUCCUUUUUGGUUUUAAUUUUCCUCUUCUGGUGGUACAGAGGUAAUGCCUCAGGUUGA